CAACGUCAGAAAAAAUACGCGGCAAAUUUCAAAAGGUUUGUUGAUGUCCUUGCGAAGCAAGGCCAAAGGCCACAAGACUAUAACAAUAACAUAACCAACCCAACAACACAAUAAUUAUUUCUAUUCUGUAGUUUUUUUUCUACAGAUUUCCGUGGCGUAAACCCCAAUAAUAGUUCUCACUGCAAUGGAAAGUUUCUUAAAAUUUUUAAAAGCUUCAAAAAAUUUUGUGAAAACUCAAGUUUUAGAUUUAGAGAGUGUCCAUCUUGUGCUAGGAAAUGAGUCUUGCGAUUUGGACUCUUCAAUAGCAGCCCUCACUUUAGCCUAUUUUCUUCACAAACAAACCCCAAAAAACACUAUCACUAUACCCAUACUGAAUGUUUCUAGAGCAGAUUUCAAACUCCAUACUGAAAGCACUCAUGUUUUGCAAAAGGCAGAAGUGUCAAUACAUGACCUGGUUUAUCGGGACGAUAUAAAUUUUAAAGAAAUUACUUCCAAAUACUCAGUGGUUGUUUCUUUAGUUGAUCAUCAUGUUCUUUCAAAAAACGAUGAAAUAUUGGCACCAUAUGUUAGAGAAAUUAUUGACCAUAGGCCUGUUGAUAGCAGUUAUCAAUGGGACUCAAAUAAAGUGCAAAUAAGGAUAGAACCAGUAGGGUCUUGUUGCACCCUUAUUGCUGAUAAAAUACUAAAGAGUGACCCUGAUAUUUUAUGCAAAAGUUUAGCUUAUUUGCUUUACCAAACAAUAAUCUACGAUACAAUCGCCCUGAAUCCAGAAAAUCAUAAAGCAACCCCAUUGGAUAUUGAUACAGGAUAUGUUCUAGAACAAAAGUUUGGGUUUGUUGAAUCCAGACAAGAAGUUUUCGAUAAACUAUGGCAGGCCCAUAACGAUGUUUCGCAUUUAACACCCCUUCAAUUGCUCAGUAAAGAUUUAAAGUUGGUGGGUGGAAUUUAUGUGCCAGGUUUACCCAUGUUGGUUGAGGAUUAUUUGAGGUUGCCUGGAGCCAUUGAUGCAGUUGAGGCGUUUGUAGAGGAUCAUAAGGUGACGUGCAUUUUAUUGAUUGGAUUAAAUGCCUCAAAUGGUAAAGUGGAAAGAGAUUUAGCAGUAUAUUCAAGAAACAUUGAAGAUAAGUUAAGAAAAAUUUUGUUGGAAUCGCUAAUGAAAGCUGACCAUGAGCUUGAUUGUCGAUUUGAAAAAAGAAAAACUUCAUGUGAAGAUAAAAUCGAUUUGUUGCACGUUUACAAUAUUAAAUUGUCCAGAAAGCAAAUGGUUCCUGUAGUGAAAAGUGCAUGGAAAUCUUACAGUGAGGAAUAGGAGAGCAUCUACAGUCCAGCCGCAUAUAAAAGAGACGUUAUAGCUGGCUCUAGGGUCCUGUUAUGGUGAAAACUUCCGCAACAAUAUACCAUACAUAAUAUGACGUAAUGAUUAUAGUACUAAUCGAGUUUCUCUUUCCAUCUACUACCACCAAAUCUGGAAUGUUUCGUGUAAAAAAAAAGUUGAGAAUAAAGCCCUUCCUACGCUUAAAAAUUCGUUACAAGUGUGUCUCAUUUAUAUCCUGAAUGUAGUAAAAAGAACGACGCUGGAUUGGUUUCUGAGAAAAAAAUUGAGUGUAUUAUAACAACAAGUGACAGAAGUUUGGAUUUUAAUCAAUAAUUAGUGAUUUAGGUGAAUAAUAUUCACAUGUUUAACCAUAAAAAAAAGAUGUUGUGAAGCUUGGGUUCCAGUUGCCCCGGUAAAAAUACGUACAGAGGCAACUGGAAGAAUCCGUAGAACCUCCAAAAGUGCAGGAUGGUGGAAGAUACACCAAGUUGGCCCUGAAAAAAAACCAAUUGAAGAUGUCCAAAACGCUAAGAGAACAAU